AUGGCUUAUUACACAAAGAUGAAAUCUCUUUGGGAGGAUUUGAACAAUUUCAGACCCAUUCCUGAUUGCGUAAAUUGUACUUCUGUGUGCUCAUGUGGGUUGAAUAUAAUCAGAGAGCAUAGGCAAGAGGAUUGCACCACAAGAUUUUUAAGAGGACUGAAUGACCAAUACGCUAAUGUCAGAUCCCAACUAAUGCUGAUGAAUCCCACACCUGAUAUUGAUGCUGCCUUCUCCAUGUUAACACAACAGGAACGACAAUUCAAUGAAUGCAAUGAGUCCAAGGUUUUCUUUAACAGAUCCAUGCAGUCGAACAAUGAGAGCAACCGAGGGAGAGGCAUAGGGAGAGGUAGACACCAGGCUCUUGGCAGAGGACAAGGAAGCAGAGUGCAAUGUACAUUCUGUGACAAGACCAGCCACACUAUUGAGACAUGCUAUAAAAAGCAUGGUUUGCCGCCUCACUUGAGGCAAAGGCAAAUCAGUAGCGUCAACUACAUUGCUGCUGAAGCACCUGCUGAGAAGAGACUUGAUGAUCUCAGCCAAUGCAGCCUAACCAACAGUCAGAAGGAAGUUGGUGAUUCUACAAGUUAUGAACUCUCUUCACACCAAAAGGAUGCAAUUCUGCAGUUUCUCAAAGGACAGGAGGCUCCGCAACAACCUCAAGUCACAAAUCAGGUUCAAUCCACCACAAACAAUACUCCAUUGAUUCAAGGUAACACUGUCAUUUUAAAAUACAGUAGCAACAUUUCAACCUUUGUUACUGUUAAAUCUCACCUCUGGGUAAUAGACACAGGGGCAACUGAUCAUGUCACUUUUAAUUUGGACGAUUUUCAAUCAUAUCAAGAAAUCAGUCCCAUGAUUGUUAGAAUGCCUGAUGGUAGCCAUACGACUAGUAGCAUCAUUGGCACCAUAAGGUUUUCUAAUCAAUUAUACCUUUCAAAUGUGCUUUUCAUUCCAAACUUCGAUUUCAAAUUAAUUUCUGUGUCAAAAUUAACCAGCAAGUUGAAGUGCAAAAUGCUCAUAGAUGACAACUUAUGUGAGAUACAGGACCAAGCUACUUUGAAGAGGAUUGGAGUAGCUAAAUGUGCUGAUGGUCUCUAUACAUUGGAUAAGCAAUUUUUCUGUUCUGCAGCUCACAAAACUGAUUUCACACACACUUCCAGGCACCCAUCACUUACAUUCACAGCAGCUGUCACUACUGAUGACAAUUCUGCAGCUUACACACAUAUCAUAAAUGCCUUAUGGCAUACUAGAUUAGGUCACAUUCCACAGCAUAGACCUCAAAUAAUGCAUAAAACUCAUCCCUUCAUCAAUUGUAAUGAACAAAUAAAUCCAUGUAACUCUUGCCAUUUAGCAAAGCAAAAGCGAUUACCAUUUUCAUAUAGUGCUUCUGAAUCUCUUAGUUGUUUUGAUUUGUUGCAUCUUGACAUUUGGGGUCCUAUAUCAACACCUUCCAUUCAUGGACACAAGUACUUUUUAACCAUUGUGGAUGAUAAGAGUCGAUAG